CUCUUCUAAAACCCUCCUCAACCUAUAAAACCUCAAACUCUCCCACCCUGUAAUCCUCACAGAGUCGGUCACAGAAAUCGCAACCCCAGAAACCUAACUCUCACGUCAAUCUCUCAACUCAGUUCCCUGUAAAACUAAAACCAACGCUCCAAUUCUCGCUGGUCAUCCAUCCAGAAUGAGGAAAGUUGCUUUAGUCUUGUAUUUGGUGAUGGCUGUAGGGCUUCUGGCCAUUCCGGCGAAAGGACUGAAUCGACAGAUGCCCUGCACCGGUUGCUUGUGGGACAUGAUGCUGCCUAGUGACGACCCAUUGAUCAGAAUCCUCGAACAGACCCCGCUCACCAUCCUCAAAGGCGUAGAAACCUUGGCUCUGGCCCGUGCGGACUGGAAGGAGACCCCUCAGGCUCAUGUCAUCUUCCUCGACGUUCCUGGGAUAAAGAAGGAAGAUAUCAAGAUCGAGGUGGAGGAGAACAGGCUGAUUAGGAUCAGCUUUGAGAGGAAGAGCGAGGAGGAGGUCGAGGGUGAGAACUGGCACCGGGCGGAGCGGACCACCGGGAAGUUCUGGAGGCAGUUCAGGCUGCCGGGGAACGCGGACAUGGAUGCGGUGAAAGCCCAUUUGGAGAAUGGGGUGUUGAGGAUCAUGGUCCCGAAGCUCGCAGAAGAGAAGAGGAGGCAGAGAAAGGUGAUCGACAUUGUGGAAGAAGGAUCUUCUUCUGGGGAAGACAUCAAGGCAUCCAAGGCCGACAAGUAAACUUAAUCCGUUUGUGAACUUUGAAGUUUGAACUACGAUCACGACUUGGGUUCGUUACUUUGUGAAAUACUGAUAAUUUGUAUUGUUGUUGAGUAUAUUGCUAGCUAUAUAGACUUUUGUCUUCUCUAUAUAGACUUCUUGUAUUACUUUCAAUUGGUUUGUUUCCAGAAUUUUGACGAAAGUCCACUUGGUUGGUUACUAUCAA